AUGGAGUUUGUUGGAAGUAAUUAUGGAGAACAAGGUUCAUCAUGUUCAUGGAGUUUUUUAAGAAGGAAGAAGGUUAACAACAACAGCAAUUCUCAUGGAGUGCAACUUGCUAAGGAGUUAACUGUUCCUCAUCUCAUGGCAAUUGGUGUUGGUGCAACAAUAGGUGCUGGCCUGUAUGUUUUGGUUGGAACAGUGGCAAGGGAACAUGCUGGACCAGCUUUACCACUUUCAUUCAUGGUUGCUGGUAUAGCAGCUGCUAUUUCAGCUCUUUGCUAUGCUGAGUUGGCUAGUCGUUUUCCUUCUGCUGGAAGUGCUUAUCAUUAUGCUUACAUAUGUCUUGGUGAAGGGGUUGCUUGGUUGAUUGGCUGGUCCUUAACUCUGGAAACUGUGGUUGGCGGAGCUGUUGUUGCUCGUGGCAUAACCCCAAAUUUGGUAUAGCGUUUUUAAAUUAAGGACAUUAUAAUUUUUUUUUAAAAAUGAACUAAGUAUAAUUAAAAGGUUAAUUUUUGUGAUUAGGCUGCACUUAUUGGAGGUAUGGACAACUUGCCAGGAUUUUUAUCAUAUCAACAUAUACCUGGGAUUGAUAUUGAUGUAGACCCACUUGCAGCAAUUAUGGUAUUCAUUGUUACUUGGAUCCUCUGUACAGGGAUCAAAGAGAGUGCAAUGAUACAAAGUAUAGUCACAUCAAUGAAUAUAUGUGCUUUGAUGUUUGUCAUAGUAGCUGGUGGUUAUUUGGGAUUCAAAACUGGAUGGAUUGGAUAUGAACUCCCUAAAGGGUAUUUUCCAUUUGGGAUAGAUGGAAUGGUUGCUAGUUCUGCAACAGCAUUUUUUGCAUAUAUAGGUUUUGAAGCAAUUGCCAGCACUGCUGAAGAGGUGAAAAAUCCUCAAAGAGAUUUGCCAAUAGGAAUUGCAGCUUCAUUGUCUCUAUGUUGUGGAUUGUAUAUGAUAGUAUCCAUUGUUGUGGUUGGUUUAGUACCUUACUAUGAUAUCAAUCCUAACACUCCUAUAUCUUCUGCUUUUGCUGCCAAUGGAAUGCAAUGGGCAGCAUACAUUAUAAAUGCUGGUGCUCUUACAGCACUAUGCUCAGCAAUGCUUGGAACAGUGUUGCCCCAGCCAAGACUUUUGAUGGCAAUGGCAAGGGAUGGACUACUGCCACCAUUUUUCUCUGAAAUAAAUAAGCACAGCCAUGUUCCUGUUAAGAGUACCAUAGUCACUGGCCUUGUUCCUGCAGCCUUGGCUUUUUUCAUGGAUGUCUCUCAACUUGCUGGGAUGACUGGAGAUCGAUCCAGUGAGAUAUCCUGUUCAUGGAUCAAUCGCCUCAAUCACGGUUAA